UCUUCUCUUUUGUCCUUGCCAUACCUGUAACUCAAAAUAUGGCAACCACAUUCAUCCCUGACAAGGUGCAACGAGUGCGACAAAGGAGCGGGGAUCGGAUGUUUGCAUCGGAUGACAAUGGAAUCAUGAAACAAAUUCAUGCCAUCCAUGUUCCCGAUGGCCGCGACUUUGAUGUGAAACCUCUUCUUCGCAUUGUUGAGAACAUAUUGCUCCGUACAACCUCUUCUACAACCCUCACUCCUGCCCUUCCUGGCGUUCCUCUGGGAUCAACUCAAGCGCAGCUGGAUGCUUUGGAGGAUAAGACCCUCCAAGAUGGCUCCAGCAACAUGAUUGAUCUUUUGGCGCACACGAUAAAUAAAAUCUCUUGCGAGAUAUCGUGCAAAUGUACGAGUGGUGGAGAUGCACAUGCAACGGCUGUAGCAGUAUUCAACAUAUUAUCGAGCUACUCAUGGGAUGCUAAAGUGGUGCUAGCUUUGGCAGCAUUUGCUACCACUUACGGAGAGUUUUGGCUGGUGGCCCACCUAUACCCCACGAACCCACUGGCCAAAUCAGUGGCCAUUCUUAAACAAUUGCCAGACAUAUUGGAGCAUACGGAUGCCUUGAAACCAAAGUUUGAGGCACUUAGCAGCCUUAUCAAGGUUAUGGUGGAUGUGGCCAAGUGCAUAGUUCAGUUCAAGGAGCUUCCACCCCAAUACAUUACCCCUGACACUCCAGCGAUGGUAACUGCCAUUGCUCACAUCCCCACAGCUGUUUACUGGACCAUCCGCAGUAUAGUCGCCUGCGCAUCACAGAUCGCGUCCCUCAUUGGCAUGAGCCACGAGCACAUAGCCUCAACAAUGGAUGCUUGGGAGCUCUCAGGCUUGGCUCAUAAGGUCAGCAACAUGUAUGGUCACCUCCAAAGCCAGCUAUAUCUUUGCCAGCAACACAUAAACGAUAAGAAACAUAUUGAAGCAUAUAUGAUGCUUGUACGGCUGUUCGAGACCCCCCACAUUGAUAACAUGAAGAUUAUUAGGGUGUUGAUUUAUGCCAAGGAUGACCAGCCGCCGCUAUUUGAUGGCCUCAGCAAGAGAAAGGUUAGCCUUGAUAUAUUGAGGAGGAAGAAUGUGUUGCUAUUUAUUUCAGAGCUUGAAGUUCCCCAUGAAGAGCUUUUCAUUCUGGAUCAGAUGUACCAAGAAUCACGGCAGGAUCCAACCAGACCAGAGAGUCAGUAUGAGGUUGUGUGGAUGCCAAUGGUUGAUCGAUCCACUCCUUGGACAGAGGAAAAGAACAGGCAGUUCGAGACUCUAAAAUCAAUGAUGCCAUGGUACUCCGUGGAUCAUCCUUCAUCGAUCGACCUGGCAGUCAUCAAGUACAUCAAGGAGAUGUGGGGCUUCAACAAAAAGCCUCUGCUAGUGGUGUUGGACCCACAGGGAAGAGUUGUCAACAACAAUGCCAUCCACAUGAUGUGGAUCUGGGGCAGCCUGGCUUUCCCUUUCACUAGCCUGAGGGAGGAAGGACUCUGGAAGGGAGAGACAUGGAGGAUGGAGCUAUUGGCAGACACCAUUGACCCUAUAAUCCAUAACUGGAUCUCAGAAGGAAGUUACAUUUGCCUGUUCGGAGGAGAGGAUAUGGAGUGGAUCCGGAAAUUCUGUAUCCUUGCAAAGGCCAUUGCAAGAGCUGCUGGCAUCAGGCUAGAGAUGCUUUACGUGGGAAAGAGCAACCCCAGAGAGAAAAUUCAGAAGAUUAAUGCAAUCAUUUCUACGGAUAACCUGAGCCACACAUUGCCAGACCUACAUCUAGUAUGGUUCUUUUGGGUCAGGCUAGAGAGCAUGUGGUACUCUAAGAUGCAGCAUGGCAAGACCGUAGAGAGCGACCCCAUAAUGCAGGAAAUUGUGUCAAUGCUUAGCUUUGACGGCAGCGACCAAGGAUGGGUUGUAUUCAGUAAAGGAUCAGGCGAGAUGACUAAGGCAAAGGGUGAGAAUAUUGUGAGAUGCUUGAGCGACUAUGAUGUUUGGAAGAAUAAUGUAUCAAGUAAAGGGUUUUUGGGUGCAUUGAAUGACUACCUCCGUGAGAUCCACACCCCACACCACUGCAACCGUCUAAUACUGCCAGGAACCACAGGCAGCAUUCCGGAGAGGGUGGUCUGUGCUGAAUGUGGGCGUCCAAUGGAGAAGUUCGUUAUGUAUCGCUGCUGCACGGAUUAAACCUUCGGGAUCAUGCAACAACUGGUUAAUUUCCUAGUUUAUUUGAUGUUUAUUGUGUUUUGUUUGUAGGGUCUAAUCUCUUUAAUUUGCUUGUAAUGCUGCUGAUGAGUGUGUUGUAAGAUGUGAUAUUGUUAUUAUGACUAAAUUAUAUUACUAGCCCUUUUCUCUCCUCCCAA